ACUGUUGCACAUAACUUUUCUUGCCGACGAUGCCCCCAAGGAGGAAACUCAACUCACCCACACCCAAGAGCAACACCACAAAACGACCAAAGACAACCUCAGCCGACUCGAACAGCACAACAGCAAACAGCGAACCUAGCAAACCAUGGCCCACAUUCUUCCAACAGCUGCAACGCGUCUAUCAAGCUCUCAACACCGUGUUCACCUUCUGCUCAACCCGCAAACAACUCCAUACUACCAUCGAUAACAUGAGAUCGAGCGUCGAAAGUCUCAUCAAAGGCCAGCUCGAGCUUGAUUCGAUUUCUCAAAUCAAAACCCUGCUGCCAGACCUGAUCAGAUUCACAUUUGUCGAUAAAGACACGUUAGGCGCGCUCGACGAGAUCUCUGCACCGACCAAGAAACAGCGGAAGACGAAGGAUCUGAACAUCUACGACCCGCAAUCUUCCAGAUCUGAACAUCCGACAUCUGAGGAAGAAGCUGUUCAAGUUCUCCUGUUUCAAUUCCUUGAUGGCGAACUCAAGACGGCCCAAAAACAUGCACGCAAGCUUCCACGCCAACAUGCUCGUCUCAAGAACCAAUCAGGUCCAUCAACGCGGUCGAUCCAGGAUACCGUCACGGCACACGACUUGCUCACACCCACAUACUCUCCCCAAAUGAUGAUCAAGAUGGUCGAGAAACGGAACCUCAAGUUCAAAGAAGCCGUCAAAGAGCUCCUUGAGGCAUGCGCGGCGGAAGAUCCGCCAGUGGAUCCUGUCCAGCUGUUGGUCGAAUGUGCCACCUCAAAUAACCCGAUUAGGCUAGAAAAUACGGACUCUGAGACACACGACUACAAGCUUCCUACCAAGUUAGAGCUCCCCUCUGAGGUACCGACAAUUGAGUGCGUACUGGAGCAGCUCAAGGCCAGCCCUCAAUACCAUGACCAGAUCGUCGAGAAUGGCGAACAUGUCACGCCCGCCCGUCAGGCAUGUUUUAAAGAUCUCGAGCGCUCCCAGCUCUCGCCCGAGAUCUACCGAGCCUUAGAAUCCACCAAGGGGAUUACCCGUCUGUAUUCCCACCAAGCGAGGGCAAUCGACUUGCUUUCGGAGGGCUCGAAUGUCAUCGUCACCACCAGCACCUCGAGUGGGAAAUCAUUGAUAUAUCAAAUCCCGAUGCUUCAAGCACUCGAAAAGAGUCAUUCCAGCUGUGGCCUUUACAUCUUUCCCACCAAGGCAUUGGCGCAAGACCAGAAACGGUCACUGGAUGAACUGAUCCUCAGUUAUGGCGAGCCGCUUUCAAGGCGGGUGCGGGUGGAGACCUACGAUGGAGACACGCCGUCGGACGAGCGAGCGGGGAUCCGGAAGGAUGCCAACGUGAUCUUCACGAACCCGGACAUGCUGCACUCGGCAAUCCUUCCGAACGAAGAACGAUGGCGGCGGUUCUUCCAAAACCUGCGCUAUGUGGUUGUCGACGAGCUGCACAUCUAUUCGGGCCUCUUCGGUGCCCAUGUGGCGAUGAUCAUGCGCCGAUUGAGACGGAUGUGUGAGGCGGUGGGGAACGCGGAGGUGCGGUUUAUUAGCUGCUCGGCCACGACGAUCAACCCGGAAGAGCACAUGAAGAGUCUGUUUGGCUUCGAUCAGGUCGCGCUAGUCUCGGAGGAUGGGGCUCCCUCGGGCGCCAAACGACACGUGAUCUGGAACCCGCCAUUGGUCGAUCAACGGGACCCUGGGCAGGGACGGGUGAGUGCGAUUGUGGAGACCUCGCGAGUGUUCCGGUUUCUGCUCGAGCGAGGGGUGCGGACGAUAGUGUUCUGUCGGGUGCGGAGGACGUGCGAGUUAUUGAUGAAGCAGGUCCAGGAAGAUCUAGUGGAGAGUGGACGGCGGGAGCUGAAGGAGCGGGUGCGGGCGUACCGGGCGGGCUACACGACCCAGGAACGCCGACUGAUCGAGUCGGAGAUGUUCAGUGGGGCAUUACUGGGGAUCAUAGCGACGACGGCCUUGGAGCUUGGGAUCGAUAUCGGCGGCCUGGAUGCGGUGCUCAGUCUGGGCUUCCCGCAUUCGCUGUCCGGGUUGAUCCAGCAAGCCGGCCGGGCGGGCCGAAGGAGUAAAGACUCGUUGGCGAUGUUGGUGCUCGAACAGCGCGGCUUGGACCAACACUUUGCGCGCCAUCCCGAGGAGCUCUUCCAGGCCCACGGCAGCUCCGUCUCCCUCGACCUCCACAACCCGCGUCUCCUGCUCGCCCAUCUCCACUGUGCCGCACACGAGAUCCCCGUCGUUCCGGCCGAGGACAGCAAGUUCUUUGGCCCAAGCUUGCAGGAGUUGUGUGAUGCUCAUCUGGCCAUGGACGGCGAGGGAUUCUUCCACACCGGUCAAUCCAACCCGUCCCAACUGAUCUCGAUCAGAGGCCUUAUAACCACCAACAACGGCGGCCUCGAUGGGAGUUCUUCUGACAGUUACACCAUUGUCGACAUCUCGACCCCUCAUCAUCCCAAAAUCCUCGAAGACAUCGAGCGGGAAAGGGUGCUCUUCGAGUGCUUCGAAGGCGCCGUCUUCUUGCAUCAAGGCGCUUCCCUCGUCGUCUCUAAUCUCGAUCAUCGCCGACAAACCGUCUCCGUUCGCUCCGCCGCUAUUCACUUCCUCACUCGCCCUAUCGUCGCUUCUCGGAUCCUUCCUCAGAAAACUCUCAGAAACUUGCCUAUCCUUCCCGAUUCUACUCAUUUCAUAUUCUUGGGCAAACUUUUGAUUACGACGACGAUUACGGGUUACUUGAAGGUAGAUGCGAAGAAUCGGAGCAAAGUUCUGGACCGGAUCGAGUUACCGAAUGAAGCGAAUGGGAAGGAUGAUGGGAUGGUGUCGAAUGAGUUAUCGACGUCGACCGUUGGAGUCUGGAUCGAUCUCCCUGCGCCCAUCAUCCAGUCCCUGGCCUCCCUCUUCGCCACCCCACAACCAUCCUCCAUCUCAGAUCCUGCGUUUUCGUUCUAUCCUAAAAUCAACCUCGUCAUCCAUCUACUCGAACAUCUUAUCCUCUUUUUUCUCAAUUCCAACCAUUAUCAUCAGCUGAAGCUUACGUCUCAACAGUCUGAUUCCGAGCAAAAACAAGCAGCCGUCGGGCAGGCUCAUUAUCCCCUCUUGAAAACUACUUGUAAAUUCUUCAAGGCCGCGGCUUUUAGACCCGAUUAUCAGCAUCAAUAUCAACCGGGCUUUCGCAAUCAAAGCUCAGUAUCAGAAGGGGCCAAUCAUGAAGAGUUUCAGUUGAUCGACCGGAUAUUGGUAUAUGAGGAUCCGAAGAAAAACCUCGACCGAUCGAUUGUCGAUGGGCUGCAAUCCGAUCCUGAUAUCCUUCCAGCUGCUGGUCAUCACGAUCUGGGGUCUGGGCUGACCGAUCUGGCUUGUAAUAUCCAGACCAUCCUGGACCUCGUCUUGGCCUUCUUGGACGAGUGUCCUUGUGUACAUGGGUGUCUUCAAUGUGUCUUUAAGCCGAUCUGUCCGCAUUUGGUCUUUCCUACUACUGCUCAACUCUCUAAGAAUAAGAAGAAGAUGACAAAAGAUGAAGGUGGGAAUGAUGAUGAAGGUGGAAAGACUGUUCAAGCAACCAAAAGCCAAAACAAGAAGAAAAUCAAUGAGGAUGGGGAUGAUCAAGAAGAUGCACACAUUACUCAAUCUACCAAGGGCAAGAACAAGACGAAAAACGAUGAUGAGGAUGUGAAUUCAGACAAAGAUGAUGAGGAUGAAGAUGAUGAUGAAGAAGGAAAGAGGGGGCAGAAUGUAGAUGAUGUUAUCGACGAUGACAGGUUUCAUGGGCUCAAGUUCGGCGUACUCGUCUUGGCUAAUGGGUUGUUGGAUAGGGUUUGGGUCCCUGAUCAAUAAAUCCAUGUUUUUUCGUUUUCAUUCUUGAGAGACUCAGGAAAGAUGCAAAAAGUGAUUGACUACUCGUCUGAAUCUGUCUGUAAUCAUGUGGCUCUGAUUUUUUUCUUCUUCUUUCUAAUUUAUAUUUAAAGAGUGUUUUGUUUUAAGUAUGCUUG